AUGUCCAAACAUUACUCCGGGGAAGCUCAAGAACUUGAUAAAAGGUCAUCGGAGCUAGAUGGGCCAUUUAGAAAGUAUGAGCCAGCGAAUAUAUACUGGAUUAAGCGAGUUGGACGACUUGAUGUCGUUGAUAUAGCACUGGGACUCUCAAUUGCAGUGGGAUUUAGUGCAUAUGUGAUAAGCUAUCAUUCGGAUCUUCAGAGGCAGGGCCUUACGGACCGUGAAACAGAAUUAUACGAUGCAAUUGGUUACUAUAAACAGAACAAGUUCUACUUAGGACCUCUGCCACCAUUUGGGUUUCUGUUAUACUCAUUUUUUUCUUAUGAGGUGCAAGAUAUGAGAAUGAUUUCACUCUAUUUUGCUUCUGCCACUCUUUCGCUAUUUUAUUGGGUCUUGAGAAGAACAAAUACAAGUCGUAUUCUAGCUCUUUUUGGUGUUUUUAGUAUCGCGUACCUUCCUCUUUUCAGAUCAGAAGCAUCGUCAGUAACUCUCGAGACAUUGCAAUGGUUGUUUUUUGCCAUGUCUUUUCUUUUCUGGCAAAACGUCAAGUGCUCAAAGAACCUAAGUCGUUCAUGGAUUUGUCAUUUGGCAGGUUUAGGUAUUUCGCUUGGCCUUGCUAUGUCUACAAAGUUCAUUGGCUUGUUCACAUGGAUUUGGAUCAUCACUUUAGUGCUCAUCAACUUUUGGAAUGUCAUGGGUGAUGUGAAUAUGACGACCUGUCAAUUGGCAUGUUAUGCCGUUUACAAAUUUUUCUUCCUGGGGCUUAUACCUUUCGCUAUAUUUACGUCGUGUUACGUUUACGAGUUAAACAGUUGGCGCAAUGACAGUCCUGAGUUCUCUUCUUACAUGUCGCGUGAGUUUAAAACGUUCUUAAGAGGACCUCACGAUUAUCCUAAACAUUUGUAUUACGGUUCAGUUAUUACUUUGCGCCAUUUGGAUUCGCUCGGUGGCUAUUUGCAUUCGCACAAUUUCACCUAUAAAGGUGGUUCUCAAGAACAGCAAGUAACACUAAUACAGUUAGAAUAUGAUCAUGAAAAUGAAUGGAUUAUUGAACACAGUAAUCCAGCCCUCAACAUUGGUCCCAGAUUUCGUAUUGUACACGAUAUGGCCAAAAUAAAAUUAAGACAUCGCUCAACUGGUCUACUCUUAAGAGCGUCAUCUGCUAAGCCACCGGUAACUGAGCAAGAAUAUGACCUUGAAGUAUCGUGCACGGGAGGCUAUGAUUAUGUUGGUGACUCUGAUGAAACCUGGCUCAUCAAUGCAAUAAACGGUGCAGUGAGGGACCCAAUUGAACCUUUAAAUGCUAUUCUAAGAUUUACUAAUGAGGGUCAUAAAUGUCAAAUGAUAGCUCAUGAUAUAAGGUUGCCAGAUUGGGGGUUCAAUCAGCAGGAAGUGCUGUGUCUCGAACAUGCAACGAUGAAUAGGGCGCUCUUCCAAAUUGAUCAAGUCAAGCCGGAUCCAUCUCGUAGCACCGAAUGCACUACGUAUUUUGGUGAAACAAAAGAGCUUUUCAAGUAUUUUAAGCUGAUAGUUGAAUUGUUGAAGAAACAAUAUAAGUAUAACUAUUAUGAGAAAAACUAUAAACAAGAAGGACCAAUCAAACCAGAAACAUGGCCUGUUUAUAUCUCUCGUGAUAGAUAUGUUGACAGUAUUUGGUGUUCGUCAUUGAUAUCUUUAUUGGUAUUUGGGAUUUUUGAAAUAAUUCAAGCUUGGAGAUAUAACCCUUGGAAAGAUUCAUCAAAUAACCAAGAAUCCAUGAAUCGCAAAAUAUAUCAAGAUUUCGGCAUUACUUGCUCUAUAGGAUGGUUUUUGCACUUCUAUCCGCUAUUGAAAUCACCCCAUGACAAUGUAGAAAUAGUUCAGUAUAUGCCGAGUCUUUUCAUGGGACUGCUUUCAGUCUUCCAAACUUUUACGAUGAGUUAUCAUUUGCAUCCUUUAAUUUUCUUAUGCAUAUGCUGCUAUAUUAUUUUUGUGAUCUAUUAUUGA